UGGCGGCAAUUCGAAGCUUCUCCGCGGCGCGCGCGGCCCGUCCCGUCCCGGCUCCCUGAGGGACGGCCCCGGCCCGGCCCGGCCCUGCCGGAGCGCCCCGGCCAUGGACGUGUCCAGGGCCUUCUUCAGCAAGCUACAGGGCCUGGGCCUCACGCUGGAGAAGGAGGUGAAGCAGCUGGAGCAGGCCCUGCGCAGUGAGGACUCGGACUCUGAAGGUGAAUGUUCAGCAAGGGUCUUGCAUGACCUUCAGUGUGAAAUCAAGACUCUGAAGGAACAUGCUAAUGCCAGCUUUGAUAAUUGUUACUCUGAAAACCAAGCAGUUCAUGAGUUUAUGAAGGCAAGUGAAAUAUUGAUGCAAAGAAAUGCAGCAGAUCUUGGAAAAAUAAGAGAGCUGUUCCAGAAGUAUGGCUACAAACCACCUCUCAAAGACUCUACAGAAGAAGAGGAAGAAGUUUACAGUGAAUCGACAGUGUCUGCCCAGAAUAAAUCUGAUGAAGAAAAAGCAAAUGAUCUUCCUGCUUGUACUGAGAAGCCAGUGUUGCAUCAAAACCCACUGCGUAGCCCCCAGCUUUCUGAUUUCGGUCUUUCACAAUAUGCUUUCUCCAGGCCUUGGAGUGCAGUGAAACCACAGCACACAACAAAUGCUUAUCAACAAAAGUCAAAGAAUGAGACUCCACUGAAAAUGCAGACCCCCCGUAAUUUGCCCAGAACACCAAAAUGUAAGCUGAAGAUGGAUGGUUAUGAGUUUGCAACACCAAAACUUGAACACUUUGGCAUUAGUGAACAUACCAUGUGCCUGAAUGAAGAUUAUACGACGUCACUUAUUCAUAAAAGUGCUCAGGCAAUCCAAAAGCUGGUUAAAAGAGAGGAUAAUGGAGGGGAUGUGCCAGAAAUGACACCCAGGGAAAUCAUGGUUACUUCUGUGCCAAAAUCAAAUGUGAGAGCUGAGAAUGUAUCAGCAGCUGACUGGAUGGCUUCUCCUAUGGUAGUUGUGUUCUGUACUCCUGACGUGAAGGUCUCUUCCAAAACAAAUAGUACAGUAUUACCAAGGUCACCAGAGACAAAGGAGCUGCCUCUUCCCAGUCAUUCAGCAACACCACAGUGUCCAGACUUUCACACAAGCUGGCUAAAAACAGAAGCUAAGCAGCAGGUAAAGCCAGGGGGAAAGACUGAGUCGGUGACAAAGAGUGAUGCAAGAGAUAAACAAUACAAAGAUAGCAUUCCUUUUGCUGUGAGCCCUGAUGCGUAUCUUAAACAUCUGGGGGACCCUUCUCCUCCCACAAUAAAACACUAUGACCAGUUACUCAACACUCCUCCACCUCCAGAAAUAACAAGGAUACCAGAUGAUGUUCUACAGAUUCUGUCCAAAUACAAUCAUAAGGUAGGCUCUUCUAAUGCCAAGGAAAUGGAGACCAAGGCAGGAAAUACUACAAGAUGUGAAAGUGAUUCCACUGAUUACUGCAACAAAGAGAACAGAGGAUAUCGUGGAGUUUUCAAGCCAAACAUCUGAAAUCAAGCUGAAGACCAUGUUGAGACUGUUUCAUAUUCAUGGAUCUUAUCACUGAAUCAUAACAAGUUCGAAAAGCAAAAGGAAAUACUGGUGGGAAGAAAGAGCC